ACAAGGAAAUUUUACCAUACUUUAGUUGGACAGUUUACAUUUGUUCUGAGUCAAUAAAUAUUUACAGAGAAAAUAACUAUAUUUGAAAAUCAUGUCGUGCGCCAAUAAAAAGCUACAUCUAAAAAACUAUGGAUAUUGAAUCCCUUUUAUAUGUAUAGUCUAAUAUCAAUAGGGUAUAAAAAAAUAACGUUAAAUGGCAAGCGCAGUGUUGCACAGUGUUCUUGUUACACAAUAUUCGAUCACACUUGCUUGUAAGCAGAACCUAUCGGUGCUUCCCAUAGCAUUGCAGUCUCGCACAUGAAUGAAUUAUUUUGUUUGCAUGCUUAAAAUCCAGAUUAGCAGUAAAUCCCAGCGUAUAAAGCAAUUUGUGAACUUAAGCAUAUUGUCGGUUACGUCUCAUUGAAUAUCAAAGUCUUUCUGCAUAAUAAUUAUAAGUCGUUUAAUGGAUGUGCUUUCCACCUGCCGGUCCCCACUUCGUGCCCGAACGAUGAAUAAUUAAGUGUGUGAAGUUUUGGUAUAUAAACUCUUGAACCCUCAUCUUAAACAACACAGUUACUCGCAGAGUCCCAAUAGGAUACUCCAACACAGAAGCAACCAUGAAGUUUCUUGCCAGCCUGUUUAUGCUCAUCGUAGCAGUCAUGGUAGCAGUAGACGCCUACACCCCACCGGUGCAGAAGCCUCAUCCGAACAAGCCCAAAUUCCCAACAUUCCCUGGUCAAGGAUCCUGGAGCGGAAGAUCCCGUCGCUCGCCCCAAGACAACGGCCAGAUCUCGAUCAACGGCAAGAAGGAGGGUGGUCAGACUUCCUGGAGCGUUGAAGGCCAGCAGAAGGUCUGGGGCAACGAGCACGGCAGCAUCCACGUCAGCGGCGGAGCCAACAAGCAGCCCGGUGGCAAGCCCCAGGGAUCGAUCGGCAUUGGCGGAUCCUUCGAGUGGGGAAAAUAAAUCGACUCCUGUAAUAAUUUACUUUAUUUUGUGAUGUUAUAAAAUUAUUCCAGAUUCUGUGAAAAAGUUGUCGCGCGAGGAAGUUAAAGGCGAAAACCAAGAGUUUAAUUGUAGAACUUUAUUUCGAUACAGACUUGAAGACUUAAGGUUAAAGCUGAUAUAGAUGUUGAUCUCGUGACGGCUCAGAGCAAUCUGAAUUUUUCCUGACGUUUCUAUGGCAACUCUUUUUUUUAACUUCUUUUCUUUCUUUAUAUAUAGUCGUUAACAAAAGUGUGUCACAUUCUACCGCCAGUUUUGAAAGCGUGCAUCAGCGUGAUACAUCGAAUCAUCUUUCUCGAUAUUUCAAUAUCUCAAGAGCUUCGCUAAUCCCAUAUACAAUCGUUCACGAUUAUGGCACGGCUCGUAGAACGCAAACAAACAACAAGCAACUUAGUAAAACUCGAACUAUCAUCUGUAUCAACUAUCAGUAUAUACAAAUCAUCUGCGUAG